AUACUUUUAGAGAAAAUGUGUGAGAUCAGCAGUAUCAACAAGCAGCGUUGGUGGAAGGAGGCUAUCGUGUACCAGGUAUACCCUGCCUCGUUCCUGGACUCUGGGGCUGGCAAUAAACCUGGUUGGGGUGAUAUUCCUGGUAUCACGUCGAAGUUGGAUUAUCUGAAGCAUCUGGGUGUUGAUGUGCUAUGGCUUUCGCCGAUUUACAAGAGUCCUCAGGCUGAUAUGGGUUACGAUAUCGACAUUGACCCGGUGUACGGUAGUCUCGAGGACGUCGACAACCUGAUCAGCGAGCUCAAGAAGAGAGACAUGAGGUUGAUGAUGGACUUGGUUGUCAACCACACCUCAGACCAACACGCCUGGUUCCUCGAGUCUCGCUCUUCAAAGCAGUCCAGCAAACGCGAUUGGUACAUCUGGAAGCCCGCCAAGUAUGACAAGGACGGCAAUCGCCAACCACCCAACAACUGGUCCAUGAUUCUGGGAGAAGAAAACAGUGCCUGGACGUACGACGAGAAGACUGACGAGUACUAUCUAUCUCUUUUCACCGCCGAACAGCCUGAUCUGAAUUGGGAGAACCCAGACGUUCGUGAGGCGGUCCAUGAUGUGCUGCGUUUCUGGUUGGACCGUGGUUGCUCGGGCUUCCGCAUGGAUGUCAUCAAUCACAUCUCCAAGGUCCAGACCUUCCCAGACGCGGAUGUCAUUGCCCCUGAUCACAAGUAUCAGCCUGGCUUCAAGUACUAUUGCAAUGGACCUCGUCUGCAUGAAUGGCUGAAGAACAUGAGGGCAGAGGUUCUCGACAAGUACGACACAAUCACAGUUGGCGAAAUGCCGUUCGUUAGAGACGAAAGCGAGAUUCUCAAGAUUGUCCGCGAGGAUGAGAAGGAGUUGAACAUGAUCUUCAUCUUCGAGCAGGUCGAUAUCGACAACGAACCUGGCAAGUACAGACUCACAUUACGUGACUGGGAUGCCGACGAGAUCCGCAAGAUUUUCAGCCACUGGCAGCGCUUGAUGAUCGACAAGGAUGGAUGGAACAGUUUGUUCGUUGAGAACCACGACAACCCUCGCUCCGUGUCGAGAUACUGCAAUGACAGCGACGAGUUCCGCGAAUUGAGCGCGAAGCUCCUUUGUCUCAUGAUGACCACUCUUGCUGGUACACUGUACGUCUACCAGGGCCAAGAGCUUGGUAUGCGCAAUGUGCCAGUGGAAUGGUCGCCCGAAGAGUACAAGGACGUCGAGUCGAUCAACUACUGGAAGAAGAUGAACAACAUGUACCCUGACAACAAGGAGAAGCUGGACUUUGCUCGCCAUGUUUUGCAGAGAAAGGCCCGUGACCACUCACGCACUCCAGUCCAGUGGUCUGCAGAGCCCAACGCCGGAUUCUGCAAGGAAGAUGUCACGCCUUGGAUGCGCGUCAAUGAUGACUACAAGGAAGUCAACGCAGAGGCUCAGCGCAAGCAGAACGAUCCCGACAAGCUUUCUGUCCUGCAGUUCUGGAAGCGAGGUCUUGCCAACAGAAAAGAACACAAGGAGGUAUUCGUCUAUGGCGACUUCCAGGUGCUCGACGAGAAUGACAAGAAGGUGUUUGCGUACAAGCGCGCAAGUGAGAAGGAGGCAUUCGUUCUUGCCUUGAACUUCUCCAAAGAUGAAGUCAAGUGGCAGAUUCCUGAGGCUGUUAAGGUGAAGAAAUGGGUUGCUGGAAACUACACAGCAGGCCAGCCGGAUAAGCCCACGAGCGGUACCAUCACACUCAGGCCGUUUGAGGGUGUCCUGGGUACCUCGGAGGUUUGA